GCAGCCUGUACAAGCAAGAACAUUAAAACGCAUCUAAACCACAUCAUCAUCAUAAUCGGAUCUGAUAUUAAAGCUGAAGAUGCUUCAGUCCCUCACCGGUAAUUCGUGCGUGCGCUUGAUACAGAGCAACAAAUCGGCAUGGUAUUUUCUGUUUCUCGUGCUCGGCUAUAUUCUGUAUCUCAUAUUCGGAGCGGUGGUUUUCUCUUCGGUGGAGCUGCCGUAUGAAGACCUCCUGCGCCAGCAGCUCAGAGGAAUCAAACGGCAGUUCCUUCAGGAACACGAAUGUCUGUCCGAGGAAAGGCUGGAGCGCUUUCUAUCCAAAGCGCUGGAGGCCAGCAACUAUGGGGUGUCUAUUCUCAACAACGCGUCGGCAAGCUGGAACUGGGACUUCACUUCGUCUUUGUUUUUUGCAAGCACUGUUUUAUCAACCACAGGAUAUGGUCACACCGCCCCUCUGUCUGAUGGUGGAAAGGCUUUCUGUAUCAUUUACUCUGUGAUUGGCAUCCCCUUCACCCUCCUAUUCCUCACGGCUGUGGUGCAAAGGAUCAUGGUCUAUAGCACAUGGCGGCCCAUUAUGUACAUUCAUACACAUUGGGGUCUAUCUAAACCCCUGGUGGCCGUCGUUCACGCAACCCUGCUGGCCUUCGUGGCUGUGUCCUGUUUCUUCCUCAUCCCUGCUGCCAUCUUCUCUGCCCUAGAAAAGAACUGGAACUUUCUGGAGUCCUUCUACUUCUGCUUUAUCUCACUCUCCACUAUCGGUCUUGGUGACUAUGUGCCCGGAGAGGCCUUUAACCAGAGGUUUCGUGAGCUUUACAAACUGGGCAUCACUGUGUAUCUCCUCCUUGGCCUGAUUGCCAUGCUGGUGGUGUUGGAGACCUUCUGUGAGCUGCAGCAGUUGAAGCAGCUGAGGAAGAUGUUUUAUCUGAAGAAGGAGAAGCCCCAGGACCGUCUGACCAUCAUGGAACAUGACCAUCUGGCCUUUAGCUCCAUGCCAGACGGUACCGUCAACUUGCCCCAAGAGGACAAAACCGAACCCUUUGUGGACUUCCCUGUCCUAACCUCUCCAGGAGGUGAUGACCCCAUGAUCAAGUAGAUGUUUUAGCCUCCAUCAACAUAACUCUCAUUCGAGGGAGACAUCUUUAGCCAAGGGGUCUUGCAAGUGACUGGUAGGAUACAGAGUUGUGAAAAAUCACUUGAAUAUGUCAGAUUUAACAGCCCUCUACAAAACCGUGCCAGUCUGGCUUCCUGUUCCUUGACGUGAUAAAAUCAUUCACUGGCUGAAUAUCUGUAAAUGAUUAUUAGCACACUUAGGCUGCCCCAUUAAAUCAGCAAACUACAUUAAAAAGCAUACAUAAUUACACUAAACUCUAGUAUGUACUUGCCAAUUGAGAUUGCGGAAAUGGUAGAAGUAAUGCUGACAGCAUUUGUGGCAUAAUGUUGAUUACCACAAAAAUGUGUCUCCCUCCCUUUCUUUAAAAAAAUACUGGGUUUCAGUGAGGCACUUACAGUGGACAUGAAUGCAGCCAACUCUAAAACACUAGUACUAAUAGGGUAGACGCAUUACCUAAAUGGUAUGUGUGUGUUAAAAUGAUUUAAAUGAAAACAAUAUAUAUUUACUCACCCUCAAUCUGUAUUCCAUCUGUGGAACACAAAAGAAGAUAUUUUGAAGAAUGUUGGUAAUUUCAGUUCCCACUGACUUCCAUUUUAUGGACAAAAAUACAAUGGAAGUCAAUAGGAACAGAGACUAUAUUGUUAUGUGACAGAAAAUAAAUGAAUGAUGACAGAUUUUUCAUUUUUGAGUGGAACUUUUAAAUCCUUAGAAAAUGUAUAAAAUUAAAAACUAAAAUAAAAAAGAUAUUAAAAUAUUAAUUUAAAAAACUUUUGCCACAAUUGCUGCCAGUUGAGCUUUACUUUUUAGGUAUGGGACAUGGAAUAUUCUUUAAUAGUCCAAAUUUUCAAAAAAAAAUAAAAAAAACGAGAUCUGAUCUAAUCUUUGAAUAAAGACCAGCAUAUUCUCAGAUCUUCAUAAACAUUGUGAGAGCUCACUUACAUAUAGUGGAGAACUGUCAUCAAACAUAGUAGUUGCACAUCAUGUGUUAAGUUUUAUUUCUGGUGUGAUCUACUUUGUGAGCUUACAAACAGCUUAACUAGAGUAAGACUUAACGGAUAUCUGCCACUAGUGGUGAAAGAAACUAUCUCUCAUGAAGCUGUAUUGCUCUAAUAAGACUAUAAUGUAGCAUAAUCAGUGUAGAAACAAAAAAACAAACAAAAAAAUUGCCUGCUCGAAGGGGAGUCAUUACACCUUCUAGAUGAUAUUUGUAGUUAAAAUAAUCUAACAUUUAUCUGAAGGGAUAUUUUAAAUGUUUUAAAGGAAAAACAUGUUAUACUAUAUCAUUUUCUUACUUUAGAAAGUGAUAUUUUACCUUGAUCUAAAUAUUAAAACGCGUGGCUCGACAGAGUAGGUGGAACUCAGAUUACAUGGAUUUUUGAAUUAAUUUCGAAUAAUGGCUGGCUUCAUGUGUCCUUCUUCUAAGCCACUGAGAUCCAGCGCAGUGCCGUUACAUACCAAAAAAGGUCCAGUAUUAUCGACUAAUUGACUGUAUAAAACUUAGAUCAACCAGAUCUUUAACUUGUUUGCAUUCAGAACAUUUCUCUGGCUAUUUAAUAAACAUAAAAGAAUAAACUAUAUUUUUGAAACAUGCUUGAAGUGUUGUUUACAAUAGAAUGCUUGUGUUUGUUUUAUGAGAAUGACUGUUGUAGGCACAGACGGAUGACUACUGUUUAAGGUCCUGUUGGAAGAUCACACUUUACUGCAGAUUGUGUUGUAUCACUGUCACCGCAGUAGAAUGUCAUGACGUUUAUCAAAAUAGAAUCAAAGCUGAAUGUUUUAAGGCCUCAUUUUAACAGUUGUUAUGUCUGACUGUAGAGAUUAUUUACAGAGUGUCGUUUUUACAUGAAUAAACAUACUGAAUAUGCUCAGGCCAUGGGAAUUCGAAUGUGCUGAUGUGACUUUUUUGUGUGUGAAUAAUGAAAUGCUCUGUGACAUCACUGCUGGAUUCUUUGUGCUGAUUUGCUCUUGGUGUUUUGCUGCAUGUGUCUCUGAUCAGCUACUGUGUCUUGACAUUGUAUCAGUGCAGCACAGAAUCAUGUAUGCAUUUGUUAUUGAAUAUUUCAUUUUUUUGUCUAUCAGUAAAAAGGCAUAAUGUCA